CCCAUCUCCUCUGCCUACUGCAAACCUGCCUGCCUCCUUCUCCUGCCAGUCUUCUCCGGAACACUGGCCCUGCUACCAGAGCCCCAGGAGCCCCCAUGAGUGCUGCUGAAGGGAAUCCUGGAUAGCGGCAAGGCCCUGGCUGGUCCAGGAGUGGGCACUCCACCAUGCCACCCAUCCUCCAACGCCUCCAGCAGGUCUCCAAAAUGAUGAGCCGCAGGAAAAUACUGCUGCUCGUGCUGGGGUGUACCACGGUGAGCCUCCUCAUCCACCAGGGGGCGCAACUCAGCUGGUACCCCAAAUUGUUCCCCUUGAGUUGCCCGUCUCUGAAGGAGUCGCCACCGCGCCCCAAGCACAUGACCGUGGCCUUCCUGAAGACGCAUAAGACAGCGGGCACGACGGUGCAGAACAUCUUGUUCCGCUUCGCUGAGCGCCACAACCUGACGGUGGCCCUGCCGCACCCGAGCUGCGAGCACCAGUUCUGCUACCCACGCAACUUCUCGGCGCACUUUGUGCAUCCGGCCACGCGACCACCGCACAUGCUGGCGAGCCACCUGCGCUUCGACCGCGCGGAGCUCGAGCGCCUCAUGCCACCUGGCACCGUCUACAUCACCAUCCUGCGCGAGCCGGCCGCCAUGUUUGAGUCGCUCUUCAGCUACUACAACCAGUACUGCCCGGCCUUCCGGCGCGUGCCCAACGCGUCACUCGAGGCCUUCCUGCGCGCACCCGAGGCCUACUACCGCGCGGGAGAGCACUUCGCCAUGUUCGCACACAACACGCUGGCCUACGACCUGGGCGGCGACAACGAGCGCAGCCCGCGCCACGACGCCGCCUAUUUGGCGGGCCUCAUCCGCCAGGUGGAGGAAGUCUUCUCGCUCGUCAUGAUCGCCGAGUACUUCGACGAGUCGCUUGUGCUCCUGCGGCGCCUGCUGGCCUGGGAUCUGGACGACGUACUCUAUGCCAAGCUCAACGCGCGCGCCGCCAGCUCGCGCCUGGACGCCAUCCCCGCGGCCCUAGCGCGGGCUGCGCGCGCCUGGAACGCGCUGGACGCCGGCCUCUACGACCAUUUCAACGCCACCUUUUGGCGCCGCGUGGCGCACGCCGGCCGCGCAUGCGUGGAGCGCGAGGCGCGUGAGCUGCGCGAGGCCCGACAGCGCUUGCUGCGCCGCUGCUUCGGCAACGAGCCGGUGCUGCGGCCGGCCGCGCAAAUCCGCACCAAGCAGCUGCAGCCGUGGCAGCCCAGCCGCAAGGUAGACAUCAUGGGCUAUGACCUGCCCGGCGGCGCUGCCGGCCCAGCCACCGAGGCCUGCCUGAAGCUGGCCAUGCCGGAGGUGCAAUACUCGAACUAUCUGCUGCGCAAGCAGAAGCGCCGUGGCGGCGCGCGGGCCAGGCCCGAACCAGUUCUGGACAACCCUCCUCCGCGGCCCAUCCGAUCACUGCCCCGCAACCCCCAGGGCCCUUGAGCCUCGCCCGUCUCCCGUGGGUCCUGCCCUCCCAGGAGGAGGCUGUCUCCAUGUUGCGCCCCAUCGGGGCCUUUUCUUCCUCAGGGGCUUGAGCCCCACGCAGAACUUGGGGGUGCAUCUCCC